AUGGAACCUCCUACCUACACUUUUACGGGAAGUGACGCUCGUCAACGUUCAACCAGCAUGGGUCUAGGAACUUCGACAGAUAAGAGCCAUCAGGAUCCGACACCCAAACCAGGAUCCGUGGGUUUCGACUUCCAUGAAAAACUUGGGUAUAUGGUAUGGGAGGCAGGUUCAAAACAAAUGCAGGACACAUUUAAGUCUUAUGGUCGGAUAGAUGUAUUCCGACCCUAUUUUGACGUAGAGCCCAGUCAGGUGCGUAUUCGUCUCCUACGGUCGUUCAUACCUCAUCGACACUCUCAAAUGACGCCUUCUCCCGAUUUAUACGGUCCCUCUAUGAUUGUUCUUACAAUGGUGGCAUUACUCCUCUUUAAUAUGAAGAGCAGCGGUUACGUUGUACAAAACGGCACACUUAUGGGCACCUCGUUCCUUGCCUGCUUUGGUUCGUGGCUUUCACUAUCCGGAGUGCUUUAUGUUCUUUGUUUUCUUCUUGGUGCAGAAAUUCUAAUGCUGCAGCUCCUCUCAGUUUUCGGUUACUCACUGACAUCACACUGUGUGGUGCUGCUGCUCACCUCUAUCUACCACACCUCUCACGACCAUCUUUGGUUCUUCAUCCUGGUCGGGAUCUUCUGCAUACCAAGCUCUAUUAGAAUGAGCCUUCUGGUAUCCACGAAUGCUCAUAUCCGAUCACAUCGCGUGGUUCUUGCAGGCGCUGCUCUUACCCUUCAUACCAUUCUUAUUUUAUAUCUUCACUUUGGAUUCCACGUGAUGCUUGAAGGUAGGCUUCUUCUUUUAUCCUUCUAUGUUAGCUUCUUUUAA